UGUCUCUUUAACAAGGCAGAGAGAAGCCAGUGCUGAUCCAGAGAGCCGGAGAACCAGACUCACAGCUCCAGACCUACAAACCACUCAGGAACCAUGUCUGCCGUCUACCUCGUCCUCCUGCUGCUGCCUCUGGCCUCAGCUCAGACGUUUCACUGGGGUCCCUGUCCCAGUCCGGCAGUGCAGCCCGGCUUCAACGUCCAGAAGUACCUGGGACGGUGGUACGAGAUAGAGAGGCUUCCCAAUUCCUUUGAAAAGGGGAAAUGCAUAGAGGCGAAUUACUCCUUGAGGAAAGAUGGAACCAUCCGAGUCCUGAACUCACAGCUAUAUAAAGAUAAAGUGAGCAUAGCAGAAGGGACAGCUGUGGUUCCCGAUACGAGGGAAAUGGCCAAACUUGGAGUCAGCUUCUCAUACUUCACUCCCUACAGCCCGUACUGGGUCCUCACCACCGACUACACCAGCCUGGCGGUGGUGUUCUCCUGCACGGACAUCCUCCGCCUGUUCCGAUUUGAGUACGCCUGGAUCCUGUCGCGGUCACGCUUCCCGCCACCGCUGACGGUUCACUACGCCAAAGAGCUGCUGGUCAGAGAAGGAAUCGACAUUUCCAGGAUGAAGGCCACCGACCAGAACUGCAAGGACAACUAGGAGACUGCUUCGCCUAAUAUUUUAAGAUUUCCGUGUUUAAUUAUACAUAGUUAUUGUAAUAUUUCUAAGCACAACAAACUUUAUAUGGUUUGAUUUUCUUUUAAAAGGUCGCUGAUUAGAGAUGGAAAUAUUAACUGAAGGGUUGUUUUUUACUGUACUACCACAGUGUAAGUCACAUAUUCUGUAAUGAUUAAUAAACAAUGAAUAACUG